GAUUUGGAAAUGAGUGAAGGGAAGCGAGGCUGCUUGACCCGUAAUUAGCAACGUUUUGGGCCGUUCACUCAGGCCUCGGCUCCCACACCUGUACAAAGCUAUAUUUAAUGCAAAUGUUUCUUAACUAGUUUUGUGUGUGUAGUGUAGAUACAUUAUUGGUAUUAUUUUCUGAAGCAAGGAAGAUGUCGCUAUCAAAACGAGAAUAUGAAGACUACAAGUCAGCUGUGGAUAAGAUGGUGUACAAGUAUGUGGCACGUGACAGGUCAAGUGUCGUGUCCGCUAUAACACACGCUGUUGAUUCUGGGUGUGACAAGAGGAAAGUUGAAGACAAAUUAAUGGGCUAUGUAGAUAAAAACCUGGCAUAUAAAUUGGCAGAAAAGGCAUUUGUAUUACUGGAAGAUCUAGGAGCAAAAGUUAAAAGUACAUCAUCUAGAAAACGUACCCACAAAGAUGAUAAUGAACGCGAUAAAGAGACUAAAAGGGCAAGGGUCAAAGAUGAAAAGGAAUCUUCCUCGGAUACUAAGCCAUCUCAUGUGCCAUCAUCUGGACCAAAUAAUGCAGUUAGUCCAGGGCAAAUUCAAGCUCAGCAGAUAAAGGACAUCAUGGCUAAAGCUCAGGCUGUAAUUGAAGAGAGAAAGAAGGCCAUGGCCAACCUUCAGUCUCCGGAACCAAAACCGACCACUAAUGGUGCAGCUGUGCCUUUAAUACCCCAAUCCCCAUCAGUAGUGCUAGGAUCUGUUGGUGGUGGUGGUGAUGUAACCUCGCGUAUUGCUGAGCUUCAGGCCCGCAUUCAGGCACAGCUGGGAAAUGCCUCUGCUCUAGGACUAGCAACUUUACACAUGGGGGCAGCCCUGAGCACUACUGUUGCAACAACAACAGUUAAACCUUUAGGAGAGCAAAGCAAACCAACUCCACUCAUCUUGGAUGCAGAAGGACGAACUGUUGACCAGAGUGGGAAGGAGGUACAUCUAACUCAACGAAUUCCCACACUAAAGGCUAACAUUCGAGCAAAAAAACGAGAGGAGUUUAAGCAGCAGUUGCAAGAGAAGCCUAUUGAGGACACUGCAGAGAGUAAUUUCUUUGAUCCACGAGUCAGCGUGCGUCCAUCUCUGAGAAUCAAGAGACCUUUUAAAUUCCACGACCAGGGCAAGUUCAUUCAACUCGCUCAAAGAGAAAGGGCUAAGUCUCGGUUAGAAAAGCUGCAGAAUGAGAUCUCUCAAGUUGCAAAGAAAACGGGCAUUUCGUCGGCAGCCAAACUAGCGCAGUUGGAGCAGCGCGAAAUGAAAAGUAUAAGUGAUGAAUCUCCUGACAUUGAGUGGUGGGAUGCAAUUAUCCUUCAGGGCAAUAGAUUUCCAGAUGAAGGUGAAGCAGUUAAAGUGAAGGAUGACUAUAUAACGAGGUUGAUAGAACAUCCUUUAGAGAUGAGAUGUCCAUCAGAUCCUUUAAAACCCGUGACACUUGAAGUCCUUCUCACAAAGCAAGAGCGGAAAAAGCUGCGCCGCAUGAACAGACGAGAAACUUGGAAGGAGAAACAGGAAAAGAUUCGUUUAGGACUGGAACCACCCCCAGAGCCCAAGGUUAGAAUGGCUAAUUUAAUGAGGGUUUUAGGAACCGAAGCUGUUCUAGACCCCACAAAGAUGGAGAAACAUGUGCGUGAACAGAUGGCCAAGAGACUUAAAGCCCACCAAGAUGCCAAUGCUGCACGAAAACUUACACCCGAGCAAUUAAGAGAUAAGAAAGUUCGGAAAAUUAAGGAAGACACCUCAACUGGGAUUCAUGUUACUGUUUACAAGGUAACGGAUUUUUCCAAUGGGUCACACAAGUUCAAGGUUGAAACUAAUGCAAAGCAACUCUUCCUGACUGGCACUGUCGUGCUUUUCAAGGACAUUAAUGUUGUUGUCGUUGAGGGCGGCCCUAAACAGCAAAAGAAAUAUAAAAGAUUAAUGAUGGAGCGUAUCAAAUGGGCAGAAGAAUCACGGUGCAAAGAUGCAGAUAUUGAACCGAAAUGCCAAUUGGUUUGGGAGGGAACUACCUCGGAGAGGAGCUUCGGUGAGAUGCUGUUCAAGGCCUGUCCUACAGAAUCCUUUGCAAGAGAUCAUUUUAAAAAACAUGGUGUGGAGCACUACUGGGAUUUAGCAUAUGGGAAAAAAAUUCUUGAAGAAGCUGAUAGUGGUAUUUGAAUUAUUACUAGCAAUACCUUCAAGAAAUUCAUUGCAGAUAAUGAAUUUUUAUUUACCAAAACAGUACUUUUUAAACUGGAUCAAAGGUCCACGUUAACUGUGGCAUGAGGAAACUGACAUGGCAGCAAUUGACAGUACAGUAAUUUACUAUUAAGAGUACCCUCCCGUGAAGAAAUCCAUCUCUUUCAAAUAUUUUCAGUUAAAUAUACUGUGUGUGUUUAUAUAUAUAUAUAUAUAUAUAAAUAAUAUAAAAUGCA